AUGUCCUAUCCAGACCUGACCACCUUCAAAGCCCUCUCCUUCGACUGCUACGGCACCCUCAUCGACUGGGAAUCCGGCAUCCAAUCCGGCCUCCGCCCCAUCCUCUCCCGCCUCCCGCCCUCCAGCCACCACGCAACUGGCCCGGGCCUCCUGGCGAAGCGCCUCGACGACCUCUCCUCCGCGCUGCAGGUCUCCGAGCCCGGUCUGCGGUACGACCUGAACCUAUCGCGCUCCUUCUCGGCGCUGGCGGCCGAGGUGGGCGUCGACGUCUCGCCGGAGGAGGCGGAGCGGUUCGGAUCCCUCCCCGGGACGUGGCCGCCGUUUCAGGACACCGUCCCGGGGCUCGAGGUCCUGAAGCGGCACUACAAGCUCAUCAUCCUGUCCAACAUUGACCGGGCCAAUAUCACCGCGACGCUGGGCCGCCUGCGCCCCGUCGCGUUCGACGGCGUCUACACGGCCGAGGAGAUUGGGAGCUACAAGCCCGCGCACGCCAACUUUGCGUACCUCUUUGCGCGGGCCCGGGACGAGCUCGGCGCCGACCGCGACAGCGGGGAGCUGCUGCACGUCGCGCGGAGCCUGACGGCGGACCAUGUGCCGGCCAAGGAGCUUGGGUUCCGGAGCGUUUGGAUCUCGAGGGGCGGCGAGACGAAGGCGGGGCGAGGCGUCGGCGGGGAUCUGGAGAGGUUGAGGGGGGAUGUUGGGUUUGAGUGGCGGUUCGGGACGAUUGGGGAGUUUGCGGAGGAGGUUGAGAGGCAGUUUCGGCAAAAGGGGGGAUUGAAUGGUGCUGUGUGA